AUGCCGUCUGAUGCGAAGAAAGCGCGCGAAGCAGCCAAGAAGGCCGCCGCGAAAGGAGGAAAGGGAAAGAAGAAGGAAGUGACCCCAUCGAUCUCAGAGAACGCGUCUGUCGUCAGUCUCACUGCUCUCGAUGAGGAGCUCGAUCAGGCAGCCGCCACGCUUGCCAAAAUCGAAUUGGAGAACGCCGCCGCCAGAUCUGUCGCCGGAGCGCUGACUUCCGAUCCAAAGGGUUUGGAUCAUCGAGUGGAGAGCUUGACGAUCACCUUCCAUGGACGUGAAAUCGUCGUUGACACGAAACUCGAGCUGAAUCGUGGUCGCCGCUACGGUCUCAUCGGACUCAACGGCUCUGGAAAAUCCACCGUCUUGCAAGCGAUCUACAAUAAGGAAAUGCCAAUCCCCGAGUCUGUAGACAUGUAUCUAGUCUCCAGAGAAAUGCCAGCUUCCGAAAUGACCGCUCUUCAAGCCGUCGUUGAUGUUGAUUCGGUGCGUAAAGAGCUGGAACACCUGGCUGAGCAACUCGCCGGACAGCCAGACGAGGAGAGUCAGGAGAAGCUGAUGGAUGUGUACGAGAGGUUGGAUGAAAUGGACGCAGAGUUGGCUGAAAAGAAGGCUGCUGAAAUUCUGCACGGACUCGGAUUCACCAAAACUAUGCAAAUGAAAAAGUGCAAGGAUUUCUCGGGAGGAUGGAGAAUGCGUAUCGCUCUGGCUCGCGCUCUCUACCUGAAACCCUCGGUCCUUCUGCUCGAUGAGCCAACCAAUCACUUGGAUUUAGAGGCUUGUGUCUGGCUGGAAGAGGAGCUGUCCCAAUACAAGAGAACGUUGUUGGUAGUCUCUCACUCUCAGGAUUUCAUGAACGGUGUCUGCACCAACAUCAUUCAUUUAUUCCAAAAACAACUGGUCUACUACGGAGGAAACUACGAUCAAUUCGUGAAGACUCGUCUGGAAUUGCUGGAAAACCAACAGAAACGCUACAACUGGGAACAAUCUCAACUGCAGCAUAUGAAGGAUUAUGUUGCGAGAUUUGGUCACGGAUCCGCCAAAUUGGCUCGUCAGGCUCAGUCCAAGGAGAAGACUAUGGCUAAGAUGAUCGCUGGAGGGCUCACAGAGAAGGCUGUCACAGAAACAGUCAAACAGUUCUACUUCUUCGACGCUGGAGAGAUUCCACCACCUGUCAUUAUGGUUCAGCACGUCUCCUUCCGUUAUAACGAGAAUACUCCAUGGAUCUACAAAGAUAUCGAUUUCGGUAUCGAUUUGGAUACCAGAAUCGCGUUGGUAGGACCGAAUGGAGCCGGAAAGUCGACACUUUUGAAGUUGUUGUGUUCGGAUGUGAUGCCGACUGAUGGUUUGAUCAGAAGACAUUCGCAUUGUAAAAUUGGAAGAUAUCAUCAGCAUCUCCACGAGGAGCUUCCACUCGACCUAUCUGCAUUAGAAUUCAUGAUGAAGGAGUUCCCAGAUGUCAAGGAGAAGGAGGAGAUGAGAAAGAUUGUUGGACGAUAUGGAAUCACUGGAAGAGAACAGGUAAUUGUGUGCCCAAUGAAACAACUAUCCGACGGUCAACGUUGUCGUGUCUCGUUCGCCUGGCUGGCUUGGCAACAACCACAUCUUCUGCUUCUUGACGAACCGACGAAUCACUUGGAUAUGGAAUCCAUCGACGCGCUGGCCGAGGCUAUCAACUGCUUCCCGGGAGGAAUGAUCCUUGUUUCUCACGAUUUCCGACUUGUUUCGCAGGUGGCCGAAGAAGUGUGGGUGUGUGAUAACCAGGGAAUUCUGAAAUGGGACGGUGACAUCUUCUCAUUCAAGGAACACCUGAGAAAACAAAUCGACAAGGAUGUCAAGUCUCGCGAGAAGGGACUCGUCAAGGAGCGCUAA